AUGGAGGAGGAAAUGUUAGCUCUCAUGCACGAUGACGGCGAGAUCGAUGAUGACGAAUUCCUUGUUUUUCAUGAGGCAAAUAGACACGGAAACCUGCAUGUUGGACUUCCAUAUUGGAAAUAUGAACGUUUUAAUCUGGAUGGGAUGCGAGAGGACGAAUGUGAGGUCGAGUUUCGGUUUAAGAAACAAGACAUAGCUAGGCUCGCUGCUGCAUUACACCUUCCAGAUGUUUUUAAGUGUUCAAAUGGAGUGGUAGUGGGGCCAGUUGAAGCACUAUGUGUUUGCCUGAAACGUUUUGCGUACCCAUGCAGAUAUGCAGACCUGAUACCAAGGUUUGGAAGAUCCGUGCCUCAACUUUGCAUGAUAACUAACCUUGUUGUUAGUUUUUUAUAUGAUUCAUUUUCUGACCGGCUUCAAAACCUGAACCAGCCAUGGCUUUCCCCACAACACCUGAAGAUGUAUGCACAGGCAAUUCACAACAGAGGUGCUGCAUUGGAUAACUGCUGGGGAUUCAUUGAUGGCACAGUAAGACCGAUUUGUAGGCCCAAGGACAACCAGAGGGAAGUUUACAAUGGACACAAACGGGUUCAUGCCCUUAAGUUCCAGUCAGUUGUGACUCCCAAUGGUCUCAUUGCAAAUCUUUUUGGUCCAGUUGAGGGAAGAAGACAUGACAGUGGCAUGUUAAAUAUGUCAGGCCUCUUGCAUGAUCUGGAACAUCAUUCAUUUUCCCCAACUGGCCAAGCAUUGUGUCUUUAUGGUGACCCAGCUUAUCCCCACAGAGUGCAUCUCCAAUGCUCAUUUGCCAGAAGGGCUGACCUUACUCCAGAGGAAGAGGCAUUUAACCAAUCAAUGAGUCAAGUUAGAAUUUCUGUUGAGUGGGUAUUUGGAGAUAUUGUGAAUUACUUUAAAUUCACAGAUUUUAAAAAAGAUCUUAAAAUUGGUUUGAGCGCAGUUGGCAAGAUCUACAUGGUGUGUGCAUUGCUACGCAAUGGAUUGACAUGUUUAUAUGGCAACAAUACCUCAAAAUUUUUUGAUGUCGAUCCUCCAACUAUCGAAGAGUAUUUCCAGUAG